ACCCCUGCUAUAGCUUGACCUUGUACGUCCAUCCACGAGGGAUCGGCAUUCACCUAUCCUCAUUGUAAACAGGCGGAGGUCUGCAUUUCUCCCCGAUACGCAAGACGAUCCAUCGAUUCCAUCUUAACCGAGACCAAUUUGGUGCACAUCAAUGGUUGCACCCGUAACUCAAGAAGAGCUGCCUAUCCUUGAGGCGAUCAUCAACAUCCGGAACCGGCUUACUGCCCUCAAGAAGGAUCGAGGCGAAUAUAUCAAGGCGUCGGAUGUGAACCAACUCUACCAGCAGAUUGUCAAACAAGUCACCCGUCUAAAUGAAGUCCGAGAGGAUCAUACAACGUCCAAUAAUAGAUUGGACACAACUUUGGCCGAUGUUUUCAACUUAUUGUCUUUGUUCUUCCUCACCAUAGGAAAGACCAGGGAAUGUCCAGCCACCUACAGUCAAAUCGCUAGUAUGCGGCAAAUACUCGACCACAUGAAUGAGUCAGGCAUUUAUAACGAAUCCGACUUGGCCCCGUUCCAUCGGCGGCUCGCAGAGUUGCGGCAUAUUGUGCAAGCAGAUGCUGAAAGUGGCAAACAUCCCAGGGCGAUGACCACGCUGUUAGAGCGACAAUUAACUGAAUGUGACAAAAUCCUGCGAUCACUGCAAGAAUCAUUAGGCGACCUAUCGCCGGAGCUUAUUCCUAUUCACGAACGUCUAGUCAAUAUUCGACGGCAGCUUGUCGCUCUUGCCGCAAAGGAAACUGCGAGUCAAGCGGCUUUGAAAGAAUAUGAGGAGCAGCUUGCGAAGCAGAAUAAGAUUACCACGCCUAAGCAACAACGACCACCCGAAGCCGCGGAAGAAGAUACGACUGAGCAGGACCUUUCCAAGACGCCGACGAAAGACGUUCCCAACCCUGAGAUCGUCGUUGCGCCCAGGUUGAAAGCUGAGUUGAAGCCUUUGAUUGAAGAACUUCGAAAGAUCGAUUCGAAGAGAGUGGAUGGAAAAUUCAUGGGACCAGGCGGGACAUUCCCAGCAUCUCAAGCGAUCUGUUCGUCUUUGCUGGAAGAAUGUUUCGAGAUUGUGCAAGAAAUAAAAGCCCAAGACCAGUCUCGGAGUGUCGCUUCGUCGCUCAGACCUAUCUACGAACGACUGACGGAGAUUCGGCGUGAAUUGGAGAACCUGGUAUUGACGCAUCGAUGGAGUCUUCGAGAAACCGACCUAUGGAACUACAGCUUGAGUUUGCAAGAGAUCGACAAGAUGCGCAUAGAUGGGCAAUUCGUGGAUUCUGAUGGUAACCGUCCAGCAGGACAAUACGUUUUGCUGUAUCUUCUGCGACGAUGUUAUGGCCUCAUCUACCGUUUACUCUCAUCGAGCGAGCCUGUCUCUGAAGAGUUGAUGCCUAUUGCAAACAAACUAUCGACGGUGAAGAAGUGCUUGAAUGAAGUGCUUAAAUAUGGCGGUCCUUUCACUCCCCGAGAUCUAUACCCUUACCAACUCGCUCUGCACCAAAUCGACUCCAUGCGCAAGGACGGCAAAUUUAUCGGACAUGACGGAUCGAUUCCGGAGGGUCAAGGUAUCGUGAUGGCUCACCUGAAUGAGUGUCAUGAGCUUCUGGAGAUGCUGAAGCGCGCGAUGGACGAGGGCGAUGAUGACGAGGAAUACGAUGAGUAUGAAGAUGGGGGGUAUAUUUUCGAUGAGCCUUCUGAGGAAGAGGAUAAUAAUGCAUGACAUUUCUGGUUGAUGAGUGAAGCAGCGGCAGAUUUUGGUAUGAACCCGUAAAAGGUCGUCAGGUAGACCCAUAGGAGAACGUCUAACUUUGGUCCAUAGCAUAGACACUACCACCCUGUAUAUAUAUUGCAGCAACUCCUCACACAAAAAUGAUAGCACUGGAUAGAAGGAAUUAGACGACGACAGCUAGCGACACCGUCAUUUUC